ACUCUAUUAUCUGAAUAAACCCUCGAGAAUCUCAGUCAAAGCAGAAUCUCAGGAUUAGAGUAGCCAGUGGAUCAGUUUGUAAUUUUUUUCAUAUUUUAAAUAGAUUUGUCAGUAACUGAUGAUUGUGUUUAAAUUAGAUACAGAAUGGUCUUCUGCACCCCUGAAUUUCACAUUAGGUUAACGUACCAUUGUAUCCCAGAUUGAAUGUACAUUAGUGAACAAUAUGGUCCAUGUUCUGGAUUAUUUUGGAGAAAGGAAGGUACUUUUUGCUUGGUUGAGAAAUUUUUAAAACUUGAAAGGAUUAUUCUGUUUUAAAAAAUAUAGUACUUCGAAUUUGAAAGAAACAAACUUGUAAUAUAGCCCAAAUUUAUUGUAAUCUGUUUAGUUAUUUGUGUUAAAUGAGGCAAUUGAAAGGUGUUCUGCUGAAGUUUUAAAGAAAAAAGCAAAUUGUGGGAGAUAACUGGUUAAAUGCUUGAAGACAGUGUUGAUUGAAAUAUUAAGCCCAUUUGGGGAGUAAUGUAUUCCACUGUUUCAGAGCAACUGUUUUCCUCACAUAAUUUUAUUAAUUUGAUUUAAUUAAAUAUGUGCUUAAUUCAACACUGAGGAACUGAUAGUUGAAGAAAUGACAUAAUUAAUCUUCCCUAUUUUAAUUUAUGUGUAGAAGAGCUGGAAGAAAAAACAACUUCUGUGGCUUUGGGAGGUCUUGAGGACCAGAAACAAUCAGUUGUUUAUUAAUUAUAGACUCCUUGAUUACUUCUUUAAAAAAAAUAUUUUCUGUAUUUUUUUCCCUGAGUAUUCAGUGUUCUUUAUUUACAUGAUGAUCCACUUGCUCAUUUGUUUUAUGUAUAACAGUAAAUUUUUCUUAUUAGUAUGACAGAAGUAGACCUUAGUCCCUUCCAGGUUUUGAAAGAAGUAUGCUCUGCAUGUAUUUCCAUAUUCCAGAGCACUCUGGUGUAGUUGUCAUGCUUGGCUGCUGUAGAAAACUUAAAUUUUUUUUUUAUGUUGUUUUCUCCUUUUUUGCUUGAUUUUUUUCCUGAUACUUCCAGAAUUUACACCGUUCCUUGAAGUGGUGUGGCUCUUCUCUCGGUGCUCAUGUGGAGUGGAGACGUCUGUGUCAGUGCUGUGCCAUUCCUGUUGUUGGGUUGGCCAUUUUCUGCAAGGGAAAUGUGUAGGUCUGGAGAAGUCCCAGUUCAAGCUGUGGUGGGCAUAGCAGGGGCCUGGCAUGACUAGCUCUGAUUCUCACACCAGAAGGCAAGGGAAGAAGGGAGGGUUCCUCACAGAAUCCCCUUUGCUAUUCCUGACCUCUCAGCAGCGUCCAUUCUAUCUUUUCUCCUCUGGGCAACUAUCGGGCUGCUGUGACAUGUUAGUAUCAUCAUCCUGGCUUAGCUAUAAACAUGCUUCUCAGAGGAUGAGGCACGCUGGGCACUGGCGCUGUUUGCUGGUGCCAUGUACUCAAUAUAUCCUGCGACCUUAAUAACUUUCCCUUCUCUGUAGCCUCUGUGUCAAGCAGAGGACUUCUAGCUGUUAGAGCUCUUUCUGCAGGUGAAUAUGCUCGUCACUCCAUGUGUCCUGUUAUCCCGUCCAUACCUUUCGGAGGACUCUUUGUGCUCCACCUGGACAUCAGCACUGGAAAAGUGCUUCCAGCUAGGAAAAGCCCAGAUAAAACACAGAGCCAUCUCUCCGUGAGAGGUAAAACCUGACUUCUCUUGACCUGCUUCACACACCCUUAGUAAGUCCUCUUGGAUGCGUUUGCUAAGCCAAGUACCCAGCUAUUGGACGUUCUUUGGCAUGCUGCAUUGACAGUGAUUUAAUGCCGAGCCAGUGUGACAAGUCUUGGCCACUUGUUUGCUUCAAUAGUAUCAUCAACCUACAGCGAAGCAACAAGCACGUUAAUACUGCCUAGUAGGUAGAACUCAAGGUUUUUGCUUCACCAUUGUGCUCCUCAUGUCUCUAGCAGCAAAGGCUCCAGGAGGAUAGGUGUGGACUAUUACAUGGACUCAGAAAUACAGGGAUCAGCAGCUAUUGGACUUUGUGGGGGAAACAGUCCUAUUAGUUGUCAGAUGCCAUUCUUUGCAUGGUCUCCAGGCAGCAUUAGGCAUGGUCACCAACCUCUUGGUGUGAUAUUUGGCUCCUGUUCCUAUGAAAUGAAGCCAAGGUCACAGAUUUUAUUGCUGUUUCCCCCUUCAUAUCUUUAUUGCUUCAAUCCUCAUACGAAAAAAAAUACACUGCGCUGCUGUAGUGUAUUGGUCUCAUCUCCUUCCACUUACUCCCAUACCCCUGGUCAACACCUCUGAGUGUCAUCGUCCCUCCUCUCUUUGGCUAUACCCCUGGUCCUUUUCUCCUUUUGACAUUCAGCUACCUCAUUUGAGCAGUGCAUGGUUUUCUGUCCUGCUGGCCACACCGAUUUUGAAGGUUGUCAGUGAGAGCCAGCCAGUGUGGUUUGGCAUGUUGAUAGCUACUCUCUCACUCCAGCUCUGUUCGAAGAGAGAGGGUUGUUGGACCCAGGGGAGCUCCAGCCAUCUCUUCUGGCUCAAACAGAAGACUCCACAGUGGUUAUUCUCUGAAACCCAAACCGAAAUGGAAAUAGCAGGCAAUCUGGGGCUGGAGGUGUCAGGUUUCCUUUAUCUGUAAAAUUUGCAUUGUUGACUUUUGGCAACCACACUCUGGCUUUUUACCAAGGGCAUCUCUGCACAAGCCUCUGAAUUUGCAAAAUGCGUAUUUUUGGAUUGCUGCAGGAGUGUUUCAUGGGCAGUUUUUUAUGUUCCGUGUAAAGUCAGUACAGGUCUGUUAGUAUUUUAGGAUAAUGCUCCUUGAGUUGUCAGCAGUAGCCAGUGCUUUUAGAAUACAGUGCCCAUGCUGAUUGUUUUCUUUGUGUAGGGGGCUGGGGAGGGGAAGUGAUGGAUGGAAGGGUGGCUCAGAGCAGCAGUUCACCCCUUUGCUUGGGUUUAGUAUGGACACAGGUACGCUCAGUCUCCGGUCAAUCAGCCAGAGUCACAGGUCCAGUUCACUGAAUUGUCUGGGGCACUGCUUGAAUCAGUGCUGGCCAAAGCCUUGUCCUUCAGAAUGGGUUUGCUGCCUUCAAACUCCUCCUGACUUGACAUGGGCUUGUGCUGUGGCAGGGGUUGGAGUCAGCAUGGCUCUCGAAGGCCACACAAGACCCAGGGCCUGUGUCAUUCAUUGUGCCAGCCUUGGCCUCCAGCAAUUCCAGUUGUGGGUUCCUCCCCUUCAUUUUCCCAGGGCUGGCUCACUCAAUAGAUGAGUGUGAUCUCAAGCAGUCACAUGCUGUAACAUGGCAGCUCUCCCUGCAUGCCUGUGCAAGCACAGCUAAUUCACCUCGGCCAUUGGGAGUGGAAGUCCCCUAGUAAGGGUAUUGUCUUUGAGAGCCCACAGGCUUGCUGGAAAAAAAAACAACGUAUGGAUGACAGGGUGACAGAGUUCAGAGCCAUCAAGAAAGCCCAUCCAAGUGGUUUGAUUCCUCAAAGCAGAGGAGUUGCUCCAUCCCUGAAUGCUAAAUGACUUUUAAAUUUUUAUGUCUACCACAUUAAAUUUUCCAGACAGUCCCUGAGAUGGUUUUUCUUUCAGUGAAGCACAGAUGCCUCUCUUUUGGAGAUUAUCCUGAUAGAAUGUGUUGGACCUUGCUACCCGAUAACGCAGAAGCAAAUGCACUUUUAUUGGUUGGAGCUGGCUCUUUACAACCUGAACUGUGUUUGCAGCUCUCUGCAGAGCAGAUACUCAGGAGUUUUGUUGGCAUUUGUUGGGCAUCAUGGAGUUACCAAAGCACCCCGAGGAGUUGCUGUGUUUGGUAGAGCUCUGUUAAAUCUGUUAGCCUCAAGAACCUCAGGGCUAAUUUCCAGGUAAUGAUCGGCGUGUGGUGUCCUGCUUCAAGCCCCCUGUGGGGGAGGUAUUCGCAGGGGCCUUCAAUGGCAGAAAGAAGAGGGUAUUGCAAGGGCUGGUUUUCAUUGAGAUGCUUUGUGAUACCUGUGCAGCCAUCUGCUACCGAUUUUCAUCCCUCCUCAUUGAUUUUGUUUUCUUUGUUUGUAGAUGAGGGGAAAUAAGGGUUCCCAGGCAGGGGUAGGGUCCCCAGUUCCAGCUGCUUAUGGCUCCCAAUUUUAAAGUACCAUCAGGAAUAUAAAAGCCCGAAAGCUCAUGUGGCUGGUCAGUAACAUUAUUUAAGCUGGCACAGUGUAACCGGAACAACAUUCUACACUUUUUGGAUGUUUUUAUUGCUUUUCUGUUUCUGAACAAGCGCAGUUCACAGGCAUUCGGGUUCCAAUUCUUACAGGUUUUUAUGUUAGAAAAUUAUACUCAUCCCCCUUUAUCUUCUACUCAAAAUGUGUGUACUUCAAAAUAUAUAUAAUUGCUCAAAUAUGUAGCCUUCUGACCUGAAUGGCAAAAAAGGCCAGUUAUAUUCGAUAUAAAAGUUACAUUAAAUUGCAAAUUCAUUUUGUUUUAGUGGUCACUGGGAAAUGAGAACCUGGGCAUCUUUCAGAAAAUAGCUGAUGCAGAAAUACAAAACAAAGGGUGUUUAAAAUUAAUUAUUUAAAUUGGCAUGUCGUAUUGCAUUAUUUAAGCCAUAAUAUAAGUCUGCCCAGCACGGUUUUGUUGAAUCAAACAGGGAUCUAUCAAUUGUGGAUUUACCGGAAUAAUUUACAAUUAAAACCAAAUUAUGAUAUCUGAUUGAGAUUGUAAUAUAUGAUCUUUGUCAUUUCUACAGAUACUUGAUUUGAUGGGAACCAAACUGGUGCUGCCAUUGCCAAAAACCAAUCCUCGCAAUUUAUUUUGUGGUCUUAUAAAUUUUCCUUUGCUUGCUUCUUUAGUGGUAUCCCAAAUUAUAACUCUUUUUAAUGGUCAACCUAUCUUGGCUUGAAUUUUCCCAUGCCUGAAGUCCGCAAUGCUGAUUUAGCAGAACAAAAGCUUUGAAGACAUUUCCUUUUCUCUGUGCUGUUUAUUAUAUCCUUUGCUUUGCGUGUGGACUGAGCUCUGAAGCUUAGGUCAACAAGAAACCACCGUUGUGGCCAGGCUGGCUCGUGGGAAGUGGCACUCAAAUGGUUCCAGUUUGUAGUUCUCCUGGGUCUGAGAUGAUUCCCACAGGUCAGGCUGGCAGCUUCUGUGCUUUGAAGUCGAUACAGAUACCUCUCAAAUAGCACAUCCUCUCGACCGUCUCUUUACCUACAUCUGCACGCUGGCGGUGAUUACUCUAAGCUGGGUCAGUGGUUCUUUAAGGAGAACUAGGAUGGGUUUAGUGCUUACUUGGACUGUUUGGAUUUGAGGCAGACAUCAAGAAUUUGUCAGCUAUAACGAGAACAUGAAAUAAUAUUUUGCAAAUUUUUUUUUUUUUUUACUUCAUAAAGUUAAAUGAGGUCUCUGAGAAGCUUUUGAGUUUGUUUAUUCACUUCCUUAAAACUUUGGAAUCCAAAUCUAUAAAUACAGUCUGACUUAAUGUUUACAAUUAUUAUCACUCUCACUUGAAUUGAUUGAUGCUACUUGUUAAAAAAUAGAAAAGCAAAAAAAGGUAUUAAGAUAUGUUUAGAUCUGCAGGAAAAGAUUAAUGUCCUUGCUGUUCAAAUAUGUUGCUUUUGUCCAUAAGGAAAGGCCAGUGUGAAAGUAUCAACCUCUCACUUUUCUAAAACUAGGAGGCCUGUUUGCCAGCCAUUACAGAAGUAAAAGGAAAGACAUUGCAACCAGAUUUGAGAUGUAGUUUUCCCCAAAAGUAGCAACUAUGUUGCAGACUUAAUAGUAGCUGGGCAUCAACCCUAAAUAAAGAGUCAGCAUUUCUUAAAAAUCAUCGUGGCCUGAUACAUAUAAUUCUUUUUUUUUUUUGGGGGGGGGAAUUUUAACGUUAUUUCUGCAUUGCAGAUUUCUAACUGGAGUUUUGCCCUAAUUCUUUUUAGAAGGUGAUGUAGGCUUGCUAAUACAUGUGAGUUUUCUUAAGAAAUGUAAACUACUUUUCAGUUUUACCGAAUUACCCCCGCAGAUGUGCAGCUGAAUUUAACCAAAUCAAAAAACUUCUGACUUAUUGUUAAGAAAUAUCCUUUAUUCAAACUUGAAAAAAUAAAUGAGGAAGGGACUAUGUUUCCAAGUCUGUGUUUACAAAUCUAAAUUGAUUAUUUGAUUUUUCUCAAAUGGUCAGGGUGCAGAAAAUUUACAGAUUUUGUUUUAUUAUGUUGGAAUAUCAUUCCGUGGCUUUGAGUGACUCAGAAUGGAGUAAAACCUAGCAGAUAAAUUUAAAACAUCAUUUAUUUAUAAACCAGAAAUGUGUCCAAAUAAAUUUUUGUCUGUCAGAUGUUUAACAGUGACAAAGCAGUUUUGAUUUACAUUCCUUUUUGCUGAAUAUGGUAGCUUAACUGCAUUAUAUAGUCUUAAAGCAAAUAUUUUAUAUAAAGCUAAGCUGGGUGGUUUCAGGCAAACAUUAGUUUUGCCUUGACUUACAUGCAAAAAUGUUUCCCACUUAAAGGAAAGUGGUUGAAGGAAUCUGGAUUGGGUAAUUUAGGCUGAACUGUUGAAAGUGAAGUUGCUUGCUUAGGCAUUGAUCCAGUCAAAACUCGUGCACAUCUUUAACUUUCUGCAGACUGCAUAGCCUGUGAGACCUCUGCUGACAUGGAUAAAGUAGCAAGCAUGCAACAUCAUUCCCAAAUUGGACGUAUGUAUCCUACCGUCACGUGUGCUUGAAUUAAAAGUGCAUUUAAGUGUGCUUGCAAAUAAUAGAUCUGUGACUCCUCAGAUCUCACCAGAAUGCUCAGCUGAUGGUCAAAAAUGAGAUUUCCUUUCUUGUCUAUGCCUGUGCUGGGGGGGGGGGCAAAAAAAAAAAAAAAAAAGGAAACGUUUUGUUGCUUUUAAUAUGAGCCUCAUUGGAUUGGUUUGUCUCACUAGAGCAGUCGUGACGCAGUGUUGUGUUUUAUCAGUGCCCACCCCCAGCAGAAUUCUUUGCUUAAGAGGAGGCAGAUUUUCACCUACUGAAUAAGACUCUGGACUCGCAUUGAUGCUUCUCGGUGUUGUCUUGUGUGCUCUCCUGUGCCGGAGUGAAUUUUAUCCCCGGACUGCCUGGUGACAGACCAUCGCAGUUGUGCCGGUUUGGGAGCAAAAUAUGGAAUGUGUUUCACUGCUGACCGAAGGCAGCCAAAUGAACAGUAUUUAUAGUAGUUUGAAAAUCAGCAGUUAGCAGUUUCUUCACAUUCUAACACUACCCAGCACUUUCCAGAGAGAACUCAUUGUUUACAAGAAAUCUGCUUUCCAAAUCCGUUGCGGUGCCCUCCAGCCUUGACUAUUAACUAUUUGCAAAGGGGAAGCUAAUCUACGGUUUUGGGAAAGAUGGCAAUGGAUGAGUACCUGUGGAUGGUCAUUGUGGGUUUUAUCAUUGCUUUUAUUUUAGCUUUUUCUGUUGGUGCAAAUGAUGUUGCAAAUUCUUUUGGCACGGCUGUGGGCUCUGGUGUCGUUACUUUACGCCAGGCUUGCAUUUUGGCUUCAGUUUUUGAAACCACUGGCUCAGUAUUACUGGGAGCAAAAGUAGGAGAAACAAUUCGGAAAGGUAUCAUUGAUGUUAACCUGUACAACGAGUCUGUCCCACUGCUGAUGGCAGGAGAAGUGAGUGCAAUGGUUGGUUCUGCUGUUUGGCAGCUAAUUGCAUCGUUCUUGAAACUCCCAAUAUCAGGGACCCAUUGCAUUGUAGGUGCUACUAUUGGAUUUUCUCUGGUGGCAAUUGGCACGCAGGGUGUCCAGUGGAUGCAGCUUGUCAAGAUUGUUGCCUCUUGGUUUAUUUCCCCACUGUUAUCUGGCUUAAUGUCUGGAGUCCUCUUUGUGCUGAUUAGAUUCUUCAUUUUAAACAAGGAAGACCCUGUGCCCAACGGUCUCCGCGCUCUUCCGGUGUUUUACGCUGCUACCAUAGCUAUUAACGUGUUUUCCAUCAUGUACACAGGGGCACCAGUACUGGGACUGAUACUUCCAAUGUGGGCCAUUGCUCUAAUAUCGAUUGGUGUGUCCUUAAUAUUUGCUGUCUUAGUCUGGAUUUUUGUGUGUCCCUGGAUGAAGAGAAAAAUAGAAAGUCGGUUAAAGAAAGAUGCUGCGCUGUCAAGGAUAUCAGAUGAAAGUCUUGAUAAAAUUCAAGAUGAAGAAACACCAGUCUUUAAAGAGCUUCCUGGUGCCAAAGCAUCUGAUGAGAGCACGAUUCCCCUUACUGGCUCAGUAACAGAAGCUGCUGGGGCAUCAGAUACUAUUGCAAAUGGAAACCAUCCACGUGUACCGUAUGGAAGGGCGUUUUCGGUGACGCACACCUCAGUGAAAUCACCUGUUUCCAAUGGCACCUUCAGCUUCGAUGGCCACGUGAGGAGCGAUGGCCACGUUUAUCACACUGUGCACAAGGACUCAGGUUUAUACAAAGACUUGCUCCACAAAAUACACCUGGACAGGGCCAAUGACGAAAGGCCCACUCCAGAAAACAACUACAAACUGUUACGACGCAACAACAGUUAUACUUGUUACACUGCUGCUAUUUGUGGCAUGCCCGUGCAUUCCUCCUUUAAGGCAGCCGAUACGUCAACUCCAGAGGACAGUGAGAAGUUAGUGGGAGACACUGUUUCCUACUCCAAGAAGCGAGUCCGCUACGACAGCUACUCCAGCUAUUGCAACGCAGUGGCUGAGGCAGAGAUCGAGGCGGAGGAAGGUGGAGUGGAAAUGAAGUUGGCCUCCGAACUUGCAGAACCUAACCGGCCUCCGGUUGAUCCUGUGGAAGAGGACAAGGAAGAGAAAGACACAUCUCAGGUCCAUCUACUUUUCCACUUCCUCCAGAUCUUAACAGCCUGCUUUGGAUCCUUUGCCCAUGGAGGUAAUGAUGUCAGCAAUGCAAUUGGUCCCCUCGUCGCGCUCUGGCUUAUCUACGAGCAAGGUGGCGUAAUGCAAGAAGCAUCGACUCCCAUCUGGCUGCUGUUCUAUGGAGGUGUUGGGAUCUGCGUGGGUCUCUGGGUCUGGGGUAGAAGAGUUAUCCAGACCAUGGGUAAAGACCUCACUCCAAUCACACCAUCAAGUGGAUUCACUAUUGAGUUGGCUUCGGCGUUCACAGUUGUGGUAGCUUCCAAUGUUGGACUUCCUGUCAGUACUACACACUGCAAGGUUGGCUCCGUGGUGGCCGUUGGCUGGAUCCGCUCCAAGAAAGCUGUCGACUGGCGCCUUUUCCGCAACAUCUUCCUGGCGUGGUUUGUGACUGUGCCAGUGGCUGGCUUGUUCAGUGCUGGGGUGAUGGCGCUGCUGAGGUACGGGAUCUUGCCUUACAUCUGAAGAGCUUCCUCUGCUGGGAAAAGGGGAAAUGGCCAAGCUACUACCGAGGGGAGAAGUGUUCCCGUGAAAGAAGCAGUCGGAGAGGAUCCAUCUUCCAUAUCUAACUUCUUAUCUACUGUACAUAACAAUGUGUCAUAUUGGUGACAUGGUGAUGUGGUGCCAUUUCUUAUAUAUUACAGAAAUAUAUAUGCAUAUAGUAGGUAACAAUACCUAAGUUAUAUUAUCAGUGGGGUGAAAAUAAUUACCUAGAAUUUAAUAUUUAGUAAAAUUUGUACAUAGUGUAUCAUUUUGGUGGCUAUUUUUUAAUCUUUUGAAGAAGAGUAUGGAUUAGGAAAUGUUUCUUGUCCAUUUGAUAUAAGAAGCGAGGUACAGGACUGCAUAACACAUGCAUUUUUUAAAGCUAUUAAGAUACUGGAACAAAAUAAAAUGUGCAGAAGUGCUUUUCAUAAAAUAACUUUGUUCAUAUCAUAUUGAUCUUUGUGUAUCAUAGCGUGAUGGUUAUGGCUGUGUAAAUACUUACAACAGUAACUUUUAAAUGGUGCAUUUCCCUUAUAUAUUUUGGAUAAGAAAGUUUAGGAAGUACCAAAGAAGCAGGGGAAUAGCUUGCCAAUAUUAUGUUGUUGUCUACACGUGUGAGCGUGUGUUGUGUUUCCCAACCUCUAAUUCAGCAUUUUCACCAAGCUCCAGCCAGUGAGGCUGGGAUAGUACUGUUCAUGUCUUAAUGUAACUUUAAAAAAAAAGAAAAGAAGCGCACACAAAAAAGUUAGCUUUUGUGACUUAGUAGGCAGACCAUGGUUCUCCACAUUAGCUGAUAGUAGACUGACUUCAUUUUGUGGGCUGAUACUUCAGUAUCUCACUGCUCACCUUCUACCUUUCCCCUUCAAAUCUCAGCUCCCAGUUGCCCUGCUAUCAAUUCCUGCGGGAGAGCAGACCGUCAGUCUCCCCUUUCUCUGUCCAUCCAGCCACGAGCACACACUCUCAGGUACAGGAGCGGGACCGUGGCGUGCACGGCACCCCCGUGCACAGAAGGAAAGGGCAGCAGCGGGUAGGAAACGGGCCUAGCCCUGGUUUUGUGGUUGAAGGUAGUGGGCGCCCAUGGGAGUGCUGAUCCAUGCAGGGCACAGUGUGAGAAACACGGCGAGGAUGUGAGCAGAUGCUGCCUCCCCCGUGGCAAGUCCCAUCCGAUGCCACAGCCAGCCAGCCUCUUGCUGUGCUGUCGACAGCAAGGAGGGGAUUGGGAGCCUGGCCCGGCGUGGAUGGAGGUUGUAUGGUAACCAGCAUUUGGGAUGAGAUUUUUUUUCACGGCAGCUCGGGGAAAAUGUCUAGCUGUGUCCCCUGCGUGCCUUUGGAAAGCACAUUUGAGUAAAGGUUACUGUUUUGUGGGUGGGAGGCAAAGGGCAAGGGGUGCCUGGAGGAGGCUGGGAAUCUAUUACUGUUUAAAUGCUGCUAAAAUUUUGAUAAAAUGUUCUUGGUACUCCAUUGUGACUUUUCCAUUGGUCAUUCAUACUAAAUUUAUAAUAAAAAGAUAAACAGCCCCUAUAA